AUGCAUCAAAUCCGCCUGCCUCUGCUAGCGCCCCUGAUCCAGCGUCGCCAGCUCAAUCUCCAAACUAACCAAGUUUCCAGGCAAACAGCAGUCCUGCGAAUUCUGCUGCAUCGCCUGAUCCGUCUGCAAAUCAACCUGUCAAUCCUCAGAGCCAGCCUGCUAACUCUCCUGUUCCAGCCAAUUCCCCUGAUCCAGCCGACUCCCCUGCUCAGGCCAAUUCUCCUGCUCCAGCCAAUUCUCCUGCUCCAGCCAGCUUGCCGGCAGCGCCUGCUCAAAGCUCAAACCAGCCAAACGAACCAAACUCUCAAGGAAGUCAGCAGAGCCCAACGCCAGCGACCCAGCGACCCAGCAACCGCCUGCUCAGAGCCCCAGCCAGUCAAAUCAACUAAACCAGCCAAACCAACCCAAUUCGCCAGGCGCUCAACAGAGUCCACCGCCAGCAGCACAGCAAGUCUCUGUUGACAGACAAGCGGCGACGGUCCAGAACAGUGGCUCGCAAGUCAUUGUUGGCGGACAGACUCUUACUCCAGGAGGAGUCGCCGCCACGGUGAAUGGCCAACAGGCCAGCGCCGCAUCAGCUGGAAAUUUGGUGAUUGGUACGAGCGCAGCAGCCAACACGGACCCGUUGGCGCAACAAGCUACGCCUCCAGCACAAGCUGCGCCUCAGCAAGUUACUGUAGGCUCUGCCGCUGUAGCAGCCUCUCCUAUUGGCAAUUCAUUCGUGCAGGUUGGGAGCCAGACGUGGGCAGUUGAUGAUCCCGCCCAGACUAUCAAUGGUCAAGUCGUAAGUGCUGGCUCCGCUGGUAUUUUUAUCGGCACCGGGGCGGCGGCAUCCACUGUUGCACUGCCUUCUCCUCAGGGCGCAUCUCAGCCUCCGCAAGUCACUGUCGGCUCAGCAGCAGUCGCCGCUAGUUCUGUCGGAGGUUCUGCAAUCCAGAUCGGAAGCCAAACCCUUGUGGUUGGUGGCCUAGUUCAGACCGUCAAUGGACAAGUACUAUCUGCCGGCUCUUCAGGUCUCGUAAUCGGCACCGGCUCUGGAGCUUCUCCAGUGGCAGUCGGUGCUCAGCAAAUGCCCCAGCAGAUUUCAAUCGGAUCUCAAGAUGUACAAGCCACGCCGUUUGACUCUUCCGCUAUCCAAGUAGGAAGCCAAACCCUGACUUUCGGCGGCUCCGCACAGACAGACAAUCAAUGGCCAAGUCGUCAGUGCUGCAAGUUCUGGUCUUGUGGCAUCAUCUUCGGCAUCAGCGGUCACCACGAUCCCAGUUUUGCCUUCUGA